AUGGCGCCGAUGAACGAAGACGUUAGGGGGACGAAUUGUAGGGUUUCAGAGGGUAUGACGGAGAAAAAAUCGACUUCUAUGAAUCUGACUGAUCCAGAUGUUUUGGAUUGCCCUAUCUGCUUCAAUCCGCUUACCAUUCCCGUGUUUCAGUGUGAAAAUGGGCACAUAGCAUGUGCAUGUUGCUCCACUAACAUUUCCAACUGCCCAUCUUGCGCUUGCCCGAUUGGAAACAACCGCUGUCGAGCUCUCGAGAAGGUUCUCGAAUCAGUGGAAGUUCCAUGCCCAAAUGCAAGCUACGGCUGCAAUGCUUCUCUCAGUUACAGCAAGCUCUCUAGGCACGAGGCUCUAUGCAUCUAUACUCCAUGUUCAUGUCCUAUGCGAGCUUGUAAUUUUCUUGAGUUUUCCAACGACCUAUAUACCCACUUUACCCGCACCCAUAAUUCAGCCAAACCCAUUGAGUUCUAUUCCCCUAAACCGAUCUCUCUCAAGAAAAACCAGAGGUUCCUAUACCUUCGGGACAAGAUUGAAGGUACCAUCUUUGUGGUGAACCAUCAUUUCUGCAGUUUUGGCAGUGCUGUGAAUGUGAUUUGCGUUGCUCCUGGGUCGUCAGCCAGAAGGUUCCCUUACCAACUUGUGGUAAAGGGUGGGGAGACCUCUAUCAAAUUGGAAUCGGUGGCAGAAAAUAUCCCAAACUGGGAUCCAAAUAAACCUCUGAAGACGUUUCUUAUGGUUCCGAUGAGUGAUAUUACUGAUUCUUGUGAUCAAAUCAGGUUGGAAGUUUGCAUUAAGAACUGGUAG